UAUCUUUCUCGAGCCCAUCCAUGCCUUCUUAAAUCUCCCCAGCAUCAUGAAUCUGAACGCUCUUGGGCGGCGUGAUGGCGCAGAGGAGUUUCUGACCCUCCUUCAAAACCCAUUCAAGUCCGCUUUCCAAACGAAUGCCGUCUGGGCGUCCUUAGCCACCUCCGCAGGUCUCUCCGUCCUCCUCGCCGUCCUCUUUUCGCUCUUUCGUCCUCGUCAUACCGUCGUCUAUGCUCCCAAGGUUAAACAUGCCGACCGCAAGCACACUCCGCCGCCCGUGGGCAAGGGCUUUUUUGCCUGGAUCAAACCUGUCUUGCGCACUAGAGAGCCUGACCUGGUCGACUGCAUCGGUCUUGAUGCCAUUAUUUUCCUCCGAUUCACCAAGAUGUGUCGCAACAUCUUUAUUUUCAUCAGUAUCAUCGGCUGUGGAGUUAUGAUUCCCCUCAACAUCUCCCAAAGUGUCAACACCAACAAUGUGAACACCUUCGCAACAAUGACACCGCUUUAUGUCAACUCCAAGGCGAUCUGGAGUCAGGUACUUUGUGCCUGGGGCUUUGAUAUCAUUGUCGCGUUUUUCCUCUGGAGAAACUACAAAGCCGUUCUCGCUUUACGAAGGAGAUACUUUGAAAGUUCCGACUACCAGCGCAGUCUCCAUGCGCGAACAUUAAUGAUCACGGAUAUCCCCGCCGAAAUUCGCAAUGAUGAAGGCCUUAUGCGUUUGACCAAUGACUUGAACCCUACUGCAGCAAUUCCCCGGUCCUCGAUCGGAAGAAACGUCAAAGACCUUCCAAAAUUAAUCAAGGAACACGACGAAAUGGUCCGCAAUCUCGAGUCCGUCUUGGCGAAAUACCUCAAAAAUCCAGAUCGCUUACCACCCAACCGUCCAACGAUGCGCCCUCCGCGGGGACAUAGAGGGGAGAACGGGAACGGUAAGGUCGACUCCAUCGAUUACCUGACUGAUCGCAUUCAAAGGCUGGAGGAGGAAAUUCGAUACGUCCGUGGUUCUGUCGAUCGACGAAAUGCUAUGCCUUACGGCUUCUUGAGCUGGGACAGAAUCGAGCAUGCCCAUGCCGUAGCUUACAUGGCUCGCAAAAAGCACCCCCGCGGAACAACCAUUCGUCUGGCACCACGACCACACGAGCUCAUCUGGGAAAACCUUCCCUUGUCCAAACAAGCACGCAAAUGGAAACAAUUUAUCAAUUUCCUUUGGGUCACUGCGUUGACCAUCGUUUGGAUCGCCCCUAACGCUAUGAUCGCCAUCUUCCUAUCCAACUUGUCGAACCUGGGUCUGGUCUGGCCCGCAUUUCAAACCUCACUCAAUGCCAAUCCCAAAACAUGGGCUGCCGUCCAAGGUAUCCUAUCUCCCGCCAUUACCUCAUUGUUCUACCUCAUUUUACCCAUCAUUUUCCGCCGACUCGCAAUUCAAGCCGGAGACGUGUCAAAGACCCUCAGAGAGCGUCAUGUCCUUCAUCAUCUUUAUGCUUUCUUUGUUUUUAACAAUCUGAUCGUAUUUUCUCUCUUCUCCGCGGUGUGGACCUUUGUUGCCGCCGUCAUUGAGUUGAGGAACAAUAACGAGGAUCCCUGGCAAGCGGUCAAGGACGGGGAGUUCUAUAUCAAAGCGGUCAGUGCCUUGUGCCAGGUAUCGCCUUUCUGGGUAACAUACCUAUUGCAACGGAAUAUGGGUGCUGCCAUCGACCUGAUCCAGCUGGUGAAUCUGUUCUGGGUGUGGUUCUCCAAAACGUUCCUCGCUCCAACUCCGCGGCAAACAAUCGAAUGGACAGCCCCGCCAGCGUUUGAUUAUGCGAGUUACUAUAACUACUUUUUGUACUAUGCGACAGUCGCGUUGUGCUUUGCAACCUUACAACCCAUCGUCCUUCCAGUCACCGCCUUGUAUUUCGGUCUCGAUGCCAUAAUGAAAAAGUACAUGUUGAUGUACGUCUUCGUGACCAAGACAGAAUCCGGUGGCCAGUAUUGGCGAGUCCUUUUCAACCGCGUGGUUUUCGGGGUAAUUCUUUCCAAUGUUGUCAUUGCGCUUGUGGCUAAAGCCAAAGGCACCUGGACCAUGGUUUUCUGUGUAGUGCCUCUUCCAUUCCUCAUGUUGGGCUUCAAGCUGUACUGCAUGAAAAAGUUCGAUGAUGACUGCGAGUACUACAACAAGGCAAAUUUGAGUGACGCCGAAGCGCUAGCACCUGGCAAGCCGGGCAAGCCGAGCAAGACCGCCGCGGACCGGCUUCACUCUAAGUUUGGUCAUCCUGCCCUCUAUAAGCCCCUUAUUACGCCUAUGGUGCACGAAAAGGCAGCUGAAGCACUCAAGCGUAUCUACAGAGGACGACUGGGAACAGUCGAGAUGGAAGGGGAGUAUUCCGACAUUGUCCUGGAUCCCAUGCUGGCUUCUCAGCCUGGCAAGACCCUGAAGGAUGUUUCCUCGGCUCCAUUCGAAGUGGUUCCAGAAAACCACCUCGACUUCUCCUACUUCAAGGAUCGGGCGGAUUUCCGGGACGAGUUCAGCGGAGGCAUCUACGGACGCCCAGAGGAUUUGAUGACCGAGCGUUCGCAAACGCCACGCAGCGGGAUGGGUGACUGGUCUCCGACCUCCUCACGAGCGCCGUCUCCAGCACCUUCUACUAGAUCUAUGAUGAGAUCGUAUGACGACAACAUCCAUCCCGCGUUCCGCGUGCAGAAUAGUAUAUCGGCAACUGACGGGCUCUACCAGCACCGGAAUGAGAGCGAAACAUCGCUCCUUGCUCAGGCACAGCAACCCGCACGGGAGAAUGGGCCACUGUCUCAGUGGCGUCCAGGAGAAGGUUACGGUCCUGUUGACCAGGACGAGCGUAGCGUUACCUCCUACGAGCAUUACCGGAUGGCACGGUAAUUCUCCUUUAUGUUGUAAAUAGGCAAUGUUGUUUUGUGAUUGAUACUUUUACGAUACUUUUACUGUUACAUAUUGGAUAAACCCUUGGGGUCCUGGGGUGGUUUUUCUGUUUGAUUUUGUUUUGGACAUACCUCGGAGUCAGGGAUAUAUACCACUGUACAAGAAAGCAUAGCGAUUGGUGAAUAAUACAUAACGAAGAGAUCAACAGACA